AUGACAUCCAGCAGCCCAAAAUAUCCUAAUUUGCUGUCUAGAUCUAAUUUUAAGAUUGAUUCUUCUUUGAUAAAACCAGAGCAAUUAAAGAUAAUUAUCAAUUGGAUCAGAAAUGAAAAAAACAUCAAUUCUACCUCACCUAAAAAUAAAUACACAUUUACUCUUUUAUACAAGGCAUCACAUGAUGGUUUUCAAAAUAAUACAUUUAAUAAUAAAUGUGAAAGUCAAGGCUCUUGUCUUGUAGUUACAAAAUGUAAUGAAACAAACAAGAUUAUUGGUGGAUAUACUUCAGUUGGAUUUAUUUAUCAGAAUGGCUUUUAUGCUGAUUCUCAAAAUAUUGUAUCAUAUCAUAUGACAUCCAGUAUCCCAAAAUAUCCUAAUUUGCUGUCUAGAUCUAAUUUUAAGAUUGAUUCUUCUUUGAUAAAACCAGAGCAAUUAAAGAUAAUUAUCAAUUGGAUCAGAAAUGAAAAAAACAUCAAUUCUACCUCACCUAAAAAUAAAUACACAUUUACUCUUUUAUACAAGGCAUCACAUGAUGGUUUUCAAAAUAAUACAUUUAAUAAUAAAUGUGAAAGUCAAGGCUCUUGUCUUGUAGUUACAAAAUGUAAUGAAACAAACAAGAUUAUUGGUGGAUAUACUUCAGUUGGAUUUAUUUAUCAGAAUGGCUUUUAUGCUGAUUCUCAAAGUUUUUUAUUUUCUUUUGAUUUUAAUGAAAUCACAAAUCCAACCAUUUGUCAUGUACAAAGUUACAGUCAUGCUCUUUAUAAUGAUUAUGAUGAUGGUUAUUUUAUUUUUAAUUUUGGAUAUGGUGAUUUAAUGAUGGAUAAUAAUAUUAUUAGUUGUGACAGUGGCAAUGAUUAUUACAAAAAGGUUGAUUUACUCAAUAAUAAUACAAAUAAUUUUAAUGCAAGUGAAAUUGAGGCAUUCAAAGUGCAAUUUAAUAGCUAA